GCGAACUUCUGCAAAAAACAAACAAUCAUCUCAAACAGUUCUGCAUUUCGCCAUCUUUGCUUCAGAAAAGCAAAACAAACGGCUUCUGCAGCAGUUUCGCCUCGCUCUUGGAUCUCCGCUGAUUCUCGUAAGUUCACUUGGCAAUCAACGUUCCAUUUCUUUGGCGAUUCCUACAAGUCUUUUAUUAUUUUUCUGUAAACACAGAAUUUCUGCUCAACCUCUUUAAACCCUGCGGCUUUCUAUUUCUUUGUCGCACUAUGUUGUUUUAUUGCUUGGAUUCGUAUCUAUACAUGUUUUAUUUUGAGUAUUCAUGUUCUGAUUAUCCUUUUAUUGUUUUAUUUAGUGUUUCUUCAAAUUAGGUUUUAGGUUUCAUAUGCGGGUAUGGAAGUCGAUAAGGGGAUAAAAUUGGUCGAGCAGGAAACUGGGAACUGUUUUAGAAGUGGAGUAAGACUGGAGAGAGAGUAUAAGGAGUGCAUUGGAUGCAUUGAUUUGCAAGAUAAAAUUAAAAAAGCCAACGAAAAAUGUGCAAUACUGGAAUUAGAUAUUGGAAAGAAAGACAUUUUGAUUGACCGUCUGGAGCUUAAGGUUGGGUUUAGGGAACUGGAAAAUGUCGAAUUCCUGGAUGAGGUUAUAAAGUUGAAACAGAGGAACGACGCUCUUGCAUUCGAGAUAGUGAGGAGAUGGAACAGUUUGCACUUUUGAUGAAUGAGAAUGAGGCUUUGGUGUGUGAGAAGAGGAAAGCUGAAAGCGAGCUUGAGUUGUGGAAGUUAAAAUGUAAACAAAUGGAGGUUCGGGUGAUGGAGUGGGCGAACAAACUAGCUGAUGGAACAACAAAGGUGGUUCUAGAUUUGCAAGCGAUGUGUUCAGGGGAGAUGAAUCAUCGAGAUGGUUCAUCAUCUGGAUUUAAUGUAGAAGGUGGGCACCCAUCAGCGGUAGGGGCUGCAACUGAAGAUGGAGCAAAUCAAGAUGGAUCAGAGGGAGACCAGACAUGUAUUGUCAAAUCAAGUGUUAAAAAACGCCUGGACUUUGCUCUAGAAAGGAGUCCGCUGCAGAAACAUUCUCCCUCGAACCUUGGCUAUAGGCCACCUCUUGAACCAAUUGGUCACAGUGAUGAUGAUCUUGACAUUGAACAUGUAUCUUUACCUGAUGUUGGUUGUAACAAAAAGAGAAAGGCUCAGAGGUCAAGCGGUGUUGCAUUAGAGUCUUGAGGAUGGAGUGGAGUCGCCCUUGAAAAAUAUGUAUAAGACAACUGCUGAACAUAAGAGCGAUGAAGAGGAAACUAGCUGCUCUACUGCUGGACAACCAUUUCGGAUGCAUAAAAGGAGGAAAGUUAGGAAAGGAUUUGCUCAAAUUGUUACUAGUGAGAGUGAAAGCGAUGAUAAGAUCCCACUUUCUAGACUGACACACCGUCCUGAUACUCAGCCGAGGAGAAGAUUUGUUAAUGAUUCUUGUUUUGGGAACAAUCUCAGACAAGUCACUCCCAGACGGCAUUUGCUGAGGGUAGGAUAUAUUAAAGAUAACAGUGUUUCAGGUAAAUGUUCUCAGAGGAGGUCUGGAAACCGGGGUGAUUUAGGAAUAUCAGAGAAUACGACUGACACUCUACUUGAAGAUGAAAUGGAAGGGAUGAGUCGAGUUCUGAAGAUGAAAGUUCUGGUGGUUAUACUGUGGACAGCACAGAUGUAUCAGACUGCAACGAUGGGUCUGAUCAUGAUGGCUCAUUCUCUGGGGAUUGUUCGGACAAAUCUGAAUGUGAUACAGGUGAGGGACAGACAUGGCGAGUGUACAGGCGAGGGCAGAGGGGGUGUGAUGUUUGACCAGAGAAAAGACGAGUUGGCUGACACGGGUGCGUGGCGUAGGGUGUGUCGAGCAAGCAGUGAACCUGGACUGGAUGGCAAGAAGUGCAAAAUAUGUAUUUAGUUAAAUAUUCAGUUUGGAUAUUAUAAUUUAUUUCCAAGUAUUUUAAUACUUUUCCUUAUUUCCAGUAGUUGACUUUUGUUUAGGAGGAAAAUAGGGUGUGCAACUUUUGGAGAUCAGAAUAGGAUGGGAUUUCAUCCUUGUAAUUUAACUGAUCAAACACGUUUAGUGCAACUUAUUCUGUUGCAGCA